AAUUUAUUCUGCUGAAUGAAGCAAUGAAGUCCGAGAGGGAAUCGUCUUCAGCCUGUGAAGUAUACGCCGUUGGAGAUUGGGACAGGCUGAAGCUACUUAUGUGGAAGAAUUGGAUUCUUCAGUGGAACCAAAAAAUGCAAAUUGUAUUUGCCCUGUUGCUGCCAGUUUUAUUUCUAUGUCUCAUUCUAAUACUGCGCAUAAUAGUCCUGCCCGAAAAGAAGGACGAGAUCCGCUACCCAACCGUCUCUAUAUCGGACCUGAACCUUUACAUGAGGAAGGUGCCACUUGGCAACAGGAUAUUGCACGAGAAUGGAUCCCUUAAUAUACCCCGAAAUUUCCUCUGCUUUACUCCAAACAACCCCAUCAAUAGUGCCAUCGUGAGUGCCACUGCGAUAAGACUGCGACUUCUGGGCACUAGACCCUAUGACACCGCCUUGCACAUGGAACGGGAUAUGGUAUUGCACAACUUCUUGGCAGGAGUUCAGUUUGCAGAGCACGCAGUGCAAACCAAUGGUGCAGGAUAUCCACUUAAUCUCAACUACUCGCUGCGAUUUCCCAGUGAGCUGCGAACUAUGCAGGGACCCAUUAUAGACACCUGGCGUACGUCCCGUUUAUUUCUGUCCUACGACACAAGUGGAUCGCGCAAUAGAUUGGAAAACGAUGGCGGAGUUCCAGUCGGAUACAUUAGGGAGGGCUUUCUGCCCAUUCAGCAUGCACUAACCAUGUCCUGGCUGACCUUGGCAUCGGGCAUCAAGGACAACGACCUGCCAAGCAUACACCUUCGCCGCUUUCCCUACAGGGCCUAUACCUAUGAUCAGUUGCUGAGUGGCCUGCGGCAGCUGCUGCCCUUCGUAAUCCUGCUGAGUUUCAUCUAUCCCGCCUCGACUGUGACCAAGUAUGUGACCAGCGAAAAGGAGCUCCAGCUCAAGGAGAUAAUGAAAUUGAUCGGCGUUCACAACUGGCUGCACUGGGUGGCGUGGUUCGUCAAGAGUUAUGUAAUGCUCAUGCUGGUGGUGUUCCUCAUCAUGUUCCUGAUCAUGGUGAAGUUCCACGCCUCCGUAGCCGUACUUUCGUUUUCCAGCUGGGUUCCGGUGCUAUUAUUUCUGCACACCUAUGUGGUUGCGAGCGUGUGUCUGUGCUUUAUGCUAGCCGUUCUAUUUUCAAAGGCCAGCACAGCCUCGGCAGUGGCGGCCAUCAUCUGGUUCCUGACCUACAUACCUUAUUCAUUUGGCUUCUAUUAUUACGAACGACUCAGCCUCAUGGGUAAGCUGCUCAUUUCGCUGAUAUUUUCGAACUCGGCCCUGGGAUUUGGCAUCCACGUCAUUGUAAUGUGGGAAGGAACCGGAGAGGGAAUCACUUGGAGGAAUAUGUUCCACCCCGUCUCGGCGGAUGAUACUCUCACGCUGUUUUAUAUAAUCAUGACCAUGAGCUUGGGAUCAAUAGUGUCCUUAUCCAUUUGCCUGUAUGUGGAGCAGGUGUUCCCUGGGGAGUACGGUGUACCUCGUAGCUGGAACUUCAUGUGCCACAGAAAUUACUGGCGGAAAUACGUGCCGAGUUUGAAUAUAGUUCCCAGUGCCCAAAACAUCAAGCAUGGAGCCGCCGUACGUCAAGUGAGGAGCUGUCGAAGUGGAAGAGAGGUGGGCAUUCAUUUGUUUAACCUGCAAAAGACCUAUGGCAAACACAAAGCGGUCAAGGGUAUCAGCUUAAAGAUGUAUCGCAACGAAAUAACCGUGUUGCUCGGCCACAAUGGAGCUGGUAAGACCACAACGAUCAAUAUGAUAACUGGUAUAGUUAAGCCCACAAGCGGAACGGCCGUGGUAAACGGGUAUGAUAUACGAACCCAUUUGGCAAAAGCUCGUGAGUCCCUGGGAAUUUGCCCUCAGAAUAAUAUACUCUUCAAGGACAUGAGUGUGCGGGAUCACAUUAUAUUCUUUAGCAAGCUGAAAGGCAUUCGUGGGGCCACAGCGGUGGAGAACGAGGUGGGUAAGUAUGUGACCAUGCUGGGAUUGCAGGAUAAAUCAUAUGUGGCUGCCAAGAACCUAUCUGGUGGCAUGAAGCGUAAGCUGUCCCUUUGCUGUGCUCUAUGUGGAAAUGCCAAGGUGGUCCUAUGCGAUGAGCCCAGUUCUGGAAUUGAUGCAGCCGGACGCAGGAGUCUUUGGGAUCUGCUGCAAAGCGAAAAGGACGGACGCACCAUACUGCUGACCACUCAUUAUAUGGAUGAAGCCGAUGUCCUGGGCGAUCGCAUUUCCAUCCUAUCUGAUGGAAAGUUGCAGUGCCAGGGCACCUCCUUCUAUUUGAAGAAGAGAUUUGGCACCGGCUAUCUGCUGGUCUGUAUAAUGCAGAGUGGCUGUGAUGUAGCAGCCGUAACCCAGUUGAUAAGAAGGUACGUUCCCCACCUGUCGCCGGAGCGAGUGCUGGGAACUGAACUCACCUAUCGCCUGCCCACCGAGUACGCAAAGAAGUUUGCAGGAUUGCUGCAGGACUUGGAUGAGAAGUGUGCCCAACUACAGUUGGUGGGUUACGGCUUGAGUGGAGCCACUUUGGAAGAUGUGUUUAUGGCAGUCAGCACCGAUAAAAGGGUUCGAGGUGGAGCGGAAGUGCCGCCGGCUGACGGAAGCACGCGAUUCAAGGAGCUAGUUUUUGAUAGCAAAACGAGGGAAAAAAGACGUAUCUCACGUUGUCUUAUGUUUUGGCAGGCGCUCUUUCUGAAGAAGUUUUAUACCACCACCAGGAACUACUGGCUGCUGGGGAUUCAGCUGCUCCUGCCCAUAGUAGUCAUGUCCCUGACGAUACUCAACUCGCGAGGUGGCAGGAUUUACUACGAGCUACCAGCUAUGCCUAUAUCCAUCAAUCAGUAUAGCCUCGCCUAUGUUAUAUUGGAGGAUAAUACUACUGACCAGCCCUCGUCCUUAGCCGUGUUUUAUUCGAAGCACUUGGAGCACUACGGCGGUAGAUGCACGUUGAUGCAGACAAACGGUCUUAAGUUUGAGGACUACAUACUGAGCUAUGGCCGCAAUUAUAGCCGGCGAAUAGAUUUCCAUUUCUUGGCAGGACUCACCAUUGCAAAAGACAAUUUAACUGUGUGGCUGAAUAAUAAGCCCCUGCACACGGCUCCUUUGACGCUCAAUUUAUUGCACAACGCCCUGGCUAUCAAACUGCUCGGCCAGGAUGCCUCUACUUACGUAACCAAUGAGCCUUUGCCAUACAGCGAUGAUGCCAGGACUUUAAGACUGAACAAAGGCCAAGUGUUGGGCGCCGAGAUAGCUAUAAAUUUAUCCCUAACCAUGUGCUUCGUCACGGCCUUCUAUGCGAUACCCAUCAUAAGAGAACGAGAAACUCGGGCCAAGCUCUUGCAAUUUCUGAGCGGAGUUGAUGUGUGUGCCUACUGGACAAGUCACAUUGUCUGGGAUUACCUAAUAUUUGUGCUCUCAGCGCUUUCCGCCAUACUCACCAUUGCGGCGUUCAAGGAGAUUGGCUACAUAACACCGCUAGAUCUGAGUCGCUACUUCUAUAUGCUGCUGGUAUUCGGAUUUCCCGGCAUUAUGCUCAGCUACGCUGCAUCAGGAUGCUUCUCCGACGCUGCCACUGGCUUCACUCGCAUAUCCAUCAUAAACACCUUGGCCGGCACUGGGCUCUUUUUGAUGUUCAUGACCCUGAACUUUGAGGCCUUUCAGCUGAGGGCAGUGGCCGAACAACUAGCCUGGUACUUCCGACUAUCUCCGCACUACAGCUUGGCCAGCUCCACGCACAGCAUUCACAUUGGCUAUAAUAUUCGGCGUGGCUGCAGCAUGGGCGGCAUUAGAAAGUUACCCAAGGAUCUGCUCUGCCGGAACGUGCCCAUUUGCUGUAAUAUUCCCGACUACUUUGGCUGGCAGAAUCCUGGCGUGCUGCCAGAAAUCACAUACAUGAUAUUAGUUGGCGUAAUAUUAUUUUUGCUCCUAGUUGUGCACGACGGCAAGGUGUGCAAACUAAUUGGCGAACGAUUGGGAAAUUGUUUUUCGAGGAGAAGGCGUUUUGGCGGAGGAUCCUCUGUCGAGAACGAGAACGUAGUCGCGGAACGACUAGUAGUCCGGGAAAUGAUAAGCUCGGGACGAAAGGAUAUACCUCUUUUGGUCUAUAACAUAACCAAGCGCUAUAGAAGCAAACUGGCAGUAAAGGGCAUCUCGUUUCACGUGCCCCACGCCGAAUGCUUCGGUCUUCUGGGAAUCAAUGGAGCUGGUAAGACUUCCACCUUUAAGAUGCUGGCUGGGGAUGAAAAAAUAAGCUCAGGUGAAGCCUACGUGGAUGGCACAAACAUAUCCACGCAUAAGGUAUAUCGCAAAAUCGGCUAUUGUCCGCAGUUCGAUGCACUGUUUGAGGAUUUGACUGGCCGCGAAACCCUAAAUAUCUUUUGUCUGCUGCGAGGAGUGCAACGUCGACAUGUGAUGCCCAUAUGCUGGGGACUGGCCAUAUCUUUCGGAUUCGCCAAGCACAUGGAUAAGCAAACGAAGCAUUACAGUGGCGGAAACAAGCGAAAGCUGAGCACCGCCAUAUCGGUUCUGGGAAAUCCAUCCGUUCUGUAUCUGGAUGAGCCCACCAGUGGCAUGGAUCCCGCCGCAAGGCGACAACUAUGGGGUAUAAUAGGCCUGAUUCGUACUGCCGGGAAAUCUAUUGUUCUAACCUCGCACAGUAUGGAUGAGUGCGAGGCCCUGUGCAGCCGAUUGGCCAUAAUGGUCGAUGGUGAAUUCAAGUGCAUAGGGUCGGUGCAGAGCUUGAAGAAUCAGUACUCGAAGGGCCUGAUCCUUAAGGUCAAAGUCAAACACAAAAAGAAAACCUUUCAGCGAGUUGUGGAAGAUUCGUCUUCCUCAACUGACAAGCAAUCGAUUCAAGAAACGGAUUCAAAGUUUCUCCAAAGGGCUUCCGUGAAAGAAAGCUCUCUAACAGAUCGAAUUUUAAAGGUUAAUCGAUUUAUAUUAAAAGAGAUUCCUGACGCCGAACUCAAAGAGGAAUAUAAUGGCCUGAUAACUUACUAUAUACCACACUCAAACAUUUUGGCUAGAAUUUUCCAACUCUUCGAAACCAACUCGCAUAAACUGAACAUUGAAGACUAUCUAAUUAUGCAAACGCGGUUGGAGGAAAUCUUUUUGGAUUUCGCUGCAAAACGAGAUAGUUCAGAAAUCUUUACUAAACGCAUUUACUCCUGCUCGUGGCCUCCAGUCUCGUGAUGGAAUAAUUCAUCUUCAUAAAUAUGCGCUGCAUUCUCCACUCGGUUUUUGGGUAGGAUGUGGGUUCUCGGGCGCUUAAAAAGCAUUAAGUUGCGCAUCGG